AUGGAUCCUGGGCGCCUUGAGAGCAGCAGGUGUCAGCACCAACAGGCCCAGCUUCAGAGAUGGCAUGUGAUACAGUGGCCAAGCAGCCUCAGAGACACAUGUUGGGUCCCAUCAAGGGACACCCCUGGGAAGAAGUCGCAGUCAGCAGAACUUGGCACUGCUGGCUGGAUAUCCCUGGGCCUUGAGGCCAGUGGGAUUGAGGAACUUUCUGAGAGCAAAACAGCUCUUGAGAGCGUGUGGGCUCCACAGGCGGCAAUCAUAGGGGAUUGGCCUUCCGAGAGAACGGGUGAACAGGACUCCCUGCAGACACAGGUCCUCCAGACUGCCUCGUUAAAGGACGGCCCAGCGAAGCAGGCAGUGUGGGUUCGCCGCAACCGUUCAGAGCCAGAAGAACCUACAAAAUCACCUGUGGUCAAUAAGAAGCCCAAGCUAGAGUUGACCAAAGCAGUGGUCGUGGACCUUGGCACGGGCUACUGUAAAUGUGGCUUUGCCGGGCUGCCAAAGCCCACCCACAUGAUCUCACCCACAGUGGGCAAACCCUACAUGGAGACGGCCAAAACCGGGGACAAUCACAAGGAGACAUUUGUGUGGCACGAGCUUAUCAACCCAGAAGUUUGUCUCAAGCUAAUUAAUCUUCUGCGACAUGGCAUCAUCAUGGACUGGGAUACAGUGCAGGAUAUCUGGGAAUAUCUUUUCCAUCAAGAGAUGAAGAUUGCCCCAGAGGAGCACGCCGCCUUGGUUUCAGACCCACCCCUGAGACCACACACAAAUAGAGAGAAGUAUGCUGAAAUGCUGUUUGAGACCUUCAAAACUCCCGCAAUGCAUAUCGCCUACCAGUCCCGCCUGUCCAUGUACUCCUACGGAAGGACCUCUGGCCUGGUUGUGGAGGUCGGCCACGGUGUGUCCUAUGUAGUUCCCAUCUACGAGGGCUAUCCUUUGCCCAGCAUCACUGGACGGCUGGACUACGCGGGUUCUGACCUGACAACCUACUUAAUGGGCCUGAUGAACAAUUUGGGGAAACACUUCACUGAGGACCAGCUGGGCAUUGUGGAGGACAUCAAGAAGAAAUGCUGCUUUGUGGCCCUGGUCCCCACUGAAGAGAAGAAAGUCCCAGCUACUGAGCAUACAAUCCAGUACACCCUGCUGGAUGGGCAGGAGAUAUACCUGUGCCAGGAAAGGUUCCUCUGCUCAGAGAUGUUCUUCAAGCCUUCUCUGAUCAAGUCCAUGCAGCUGGGCCUCCACACCCAGACAGUGUCCUGCCUUAACAAGUGUGACAUCACCCUCAAACGAGACCUCAUGGGGUAUAUCCUACUCUGUGGGGGGAGCACCAUGCUCAGCGGUUUCCCUAACCAUCUGCAGAAGGAGCUGAGAAGCAUGUGUCCUAAUGACACCCCCCAGGUAAACGUGUUGCCCGAAAGAGACACUGCAGUGUGGACGGGUGGCUCCCUCCUACCAUCGCUUCAGGGCUUCCAACCACUGUGGGUCCACCGCUUUGAGUAUGAGGAACAUGGGCCUUUCUUCCUCUACAGAAGGUGCUUCUGA